GGGCAGCUUCGCCCAGCUGGCGGUCUUCGGCAGUGAAAGCCGUCCCCGCACCGGCGGGUCAGCGUUGCCCACCCGCCGCACGGGGUGUCGGCGCCGGGAGAGUGCGGCGGGCGGUUGGCGGGGAGGGCUUCCCCCCCCGCGCGGCGCAGUGGGAGGCGCCCGGGACCCCGCGUCACCCAUUGUUUACAAACCAACGCCAGCGGGCCGAGCUCCAGCUUCAACCGCAGCCGCCGGAGCCGCGUGUGCUCGCGUGCGCGCGGGGCGGCGGGCGGCGGCCCCAGUCCCGCUGCGGCUGCGGUACGGCACGGCAGGGCGCCGGGCGAGAUGCCGUGCCGCCCGGGCGAGCGCUUCCUGCUGCUGGAGCGCUCGGUCGCCGUGGGGCAGGCAGGCUCUAAGGAGGUGGACGCGCUGGUGGCCAAGCUGGGCGAGGUGCUGCAGCUGAGCGCGCAGCGGGCGCCGCCGCCGCCCCGCAACCCCAAGCACCUGGGGCCGGGCAGCGCCCGCGACCGCGCCGCCCCCUACUCGCCGCGCUGCAGCGGCGGUGGCGGGCUGCUGGCGCCCAGGGGACAGGUCCCGCCGCAAGCCCACCAGCAGCCCACCGAGCCGCCGCGGCCGGACCGGGGCGGCCACCAGCGGGUCACCAAGCAGCUGUGCGGACGGGGCUGGCUGCGGAGCGCCGCCCGCCGGAGGAAGCAACCCCCGCCGGGACCGGGCGACGGGCCGGCGGACGAGGAGGACCCCCACCGGCUCCUGCAGCAGCUCAUCCUCUCCGGCAACCUCAUCAAAGAAGCCGUCCGGCGGCUGCAGCUAGCGGCGGCGGCAGCAGCGGCGGCAGCCUCCACGGCCUCCAGCGGCAGCGCCUCGGCGGGGAGCAGCGGCGCGGACGGCGAGGCGGCCGAAGCGGCGGCGGUGCAGCCCCGGCAGUAGCCGGCAGGGACGAGCGGCGGUGGCAGCGGGAGCGGAGGAGCGCGGCCGCUAGCGGCGGCGGGGCCCCGCACCGGGCGGACUGCGGGAGCGCGGUGCUGGCUCCGCCGCGAUGUAAGUCUCCCGCCGCGGUAGGGCCCCCCCCUCCCGCUGUCGAGGGGGGGCCGGGCGCGGCGGGGUCGGUUGGGGUGGGCCGGGUGUGCCUCCCCUCACCCCCCAAGGUCACCCCCGGCGCGGCGCCGAGCCCCGCCGCCGCUCUCCAACCGGUGGAGGCCGCGCACGCCGCCCGCCCGAGCUGCUGCUGUUCCCCCCCCCCCUGCCGUCCCCGGUAGCUCCUCCUCCUCCCCCCCGGCGGGCAGCCCGGCCGGGGCCGCGGACCCCCCCGCCGCCGGUCCCCGGCCGCCGCGGGGCUGCUCCGUCUCCCAGGAGCCAUUUGCAAUAAUAGUCGCUGACCCCGGCGGGGGGGGUCCCUUCCCCUCCCGGCGGGUUUGGGGUUUUUGUUUGGGCUUUUUUAAUUAUUAUUUUAACGUUUAUUAUUUCCCCGUUGUGACUGUAUGAAGCAGUUUUGAACAAAAAUGUGAAUAUCAAAGCUGGAAGGCAGCUGGACUUAAAAUUGUAAAGCCUGAUGAGCGAAUGGAGCCUGCAUUGGAGAUGCAUUGUUCACAUAAGGUAGCCGAAACAAGUUUUUUUCUACCAAAAAGAAAAAGACAAAAAAAAAAAAAAAAAAGCCCUGAAUCCAUCCUUCCCCGACAAACUCAAUGGCUCGAAUACACGAAGCAGCUGUUGAUUUUAAAUAUUGCACUUCGUACCGGAGUGUUUGAAAUGUGUUCCUGGUUUACAGGACUUACUGUCUUAAUUAACCUGUCUGUAUUGAAUAAACGUCGUCUUGUUUUUA